CUUGGCAUUUUUUGUGAAUGGAGCUCAUUAUGCAUGCAGCCUCCACGCAGCUCCAUUCACAAGCAGCGCUCCCUCCUCUCUCUGCAGGCUGCGUGGAUCUCACUCAACUCAGCCUAAAUGACCACAAACGGUUAACGGAUGGAUUAUAAGAUGGAUGGAUAUCUGGACCAGCAAGUGCCUUACACUUUAGCAAAUAAGUCGCAAGGAAAUGGGCCCCUAAAUAGACUGUUGAUGGCAGCGAAAAGGAAAUACAUGGACACAGAAUUGCCCCCUCAGGAAUCUGAAGACCUCUUCCAGGAUUUAAGCCAGCUCCAAGAGACGUGGCUCACAGAAGCUCAGGUUCCUGACAGCGAUGAGCAAUUUGUUCCUGAUUUCCAUUCUGAGAACUCGGUGGCAUUUCACAGCCCUCCAGUCACCAUCAAGAAGGAACCGCAGAGCCCGGGCUCCGACCCCAGCCAGUCUUGUAGCCACAAACCGAGCUUCAGCUACCCCAGUGGAGAGCAGUGCCUUUAUGCCAGUGCCUAUGAGCAGAAAAGGGCAGCAGGAGGAGCAAAGAGCUCCUGCCCAGGGACCCCUGUGUCUCCCAUGCAGCAGCAUUACUCCCCCAAACCUGCCACGGCCGGACGGCCCGAUGCUGGUUACAUGAACCCAGGUGCCACCUCCCAGCCACUUCCCAGCAACAGUUACCCCAUGAACGCCAGUUCCAGGUUUCAGGGACCUUCAGGAGACCCCAUGUGCCCUCAGUUCCCCCAACCAGCGCAGGCCUUUCAGCGCAUGCCAUCUGCCCCAGCUGGCCACUGCACCACUGGUGGAGGUGGUGGCUACCAUCGGCAGCACUCUGACCCCUGCAUGCCUUACCUGCAGCAAAGCUUUAAGCAAGAAUACAUGGACCCGCUGUAUGAGCGGGCAGCCCAUAUGGCGGGGCCGGGUCAUGUGAGUGGACAGGGACACGGGCAUGGACACGGACACAACCAUGGCCAUGGACCACACCAACACCCACAGUUACACUCGCACCCACAUCGGUUCCCACCAGCCCACAUGAUGGUCAAGCAGGAGCCCACAGAUUACACCUAUGAACCAGAUGUGCCUGGAUGUCCCUCUAUUUACCAUCACAAUGAGGGCUACCCAAACUCCCAGCAUGGCAAUGAAGGGUAUCUGUUUGAAAAUGACUCCCGUGUGGUUCCAGAGAAGUUCGAAGGUGAGGUGAAGCAGGAAGGGGGUGGUCUUUUCCGUGAGGGUACACCUUACCAGCGCCGUGGCUCUUUGCAGCUCUGGCAGUUCCUGGUGGCCCUUCUGGAUGACCCAGGCAAUGCCCACUUCAUCGCCUGGACAGGCCGCGGCAUGGAAUUCAAACUAAUUGAACCAGAAGAGGUUGCCAGGCUGUGGGGAAUGCAGAAGAACCGUCCAGCCAUGAACUAUGACAAGCUCAGCCGUUCUCUGCGCUACUACUACGAGAAGGGAAUCAUGCAAAAGGUGGCUGGGGAGCGCUACGUUUACAAGUUCGUUUGUGAGCCCGAGGCUCUAAUCUCCCUGGCCUUCCCCGACAAUCAGCGACCCAGCCUGAAGGCUGAGUUCGAGCGCUACGUCAACGAGGAGGACACAGUGCCUCUGUCGCACCUGGACGAGGGGGUGCCUUACACCCCGGAACAAGCCCCUCAAAACAUGGGCCCUCAGCCCUACUCCAAAGGCUACAUGUACUAAAGCCAGCCCCAACACGCCCUCCUUUCUACCCCACCUUCAGAGAUGUUCCCAUUGUACCAACCCACCAUCAUACAUGCCCCACAAAACCCCAUGCACCUCUUGCACAUGCCCACCCCAUCCUCUUGUAUAUAAGGAUAUGGUGUUUUUAUUUUAAAUUAAUCGCAUUAGGGAUUUUUUUUGGUUUUGUUUUAUUUUUAAGAGCUGUAUUCCUCUCACAUUCGAGGCUUAUUCAAUCCAUAAACCUGACUGUGGUUGAAGAGAUUGCUUAAUAAAUACUCAUAAUAAUA